UCGGGUCUGCUCUCUGCAGAACCGGAAAUCAGGUGCUCGGUGAGUGCACUGGAUGUCAGCCUGAUCUAGGUUAACAGAGUGGAUCUCCGUCAAGAGUGAGGUGUCAACAAUUCUGUGGUCACGAGCAGGAGAGAACAUGCUGUUGUGGGUACUUGGAGCCGCGUUGCUGGCUCGAAGUGCAGGCUUCUACUUACCGGGUCUCGCGCCUGUCAGCUUCUGUGUGCCUGGGAACGACCAGGUUCCUGACUGCAAGUCCACCAUUGAGCUGUUUGUGAACAGGCUGGAUUCAGUUGAGUCUGUUCUGCCUUAUGAAUAUACUGCGUUUGACUUUUGUUCAAUGAUAAAAAUGAAACGUCCCUCAGAAAAUCUGGGCCAGGUUCUUUUCGGAGAGCGAAUAGAGCCCUCGCCGUACAAGUUUGAGUUUAAGAAACCUGAGGUGUGUCAAAAAGUAUGUACCAAAACCUACGACACCAGCAAAUCAUCAGAAAAAUCCAAACUGGACUUCCUGAAGAAAGGAAUGCUACUCAACUACCAACAUCACUGGAUUGUGGACAACAUGCCAGUGACUUGGUGCUAUGAUGUUGAAGAUGGACAGAAGUUCUGUAAUCCUGGUUUUCCUAUUGGGUGCUAUGUCACAGAAGCAGGACAAUCCAAAGAUGCCUGUGUGGUCAAUUCAAAUUUUAAAGAACCUGAUUCUUUCUACAUCUUUAAUCAUGUGGACAUCACCAUCAGUUACCACAUAGUUGAGCAUGAACAACUUGGAGCCCGUUUAGUUGCUGCCAAGAUUGAGCCCAAAAGUUAUGAAAACUCUAAUGAGGACGCUCCGGACUGUUCUGGAGGACCAAAAAUUCUGAAAAACAAAUUUGAAGGAGACUACAAGAUCUCGUACACAUAUUCUGUCAACUUUGUGGAAGACAAAAAAAUUCGCUGGGCAUCCAGGUGGGACUACAUUCUAGAAUCGAUGCCUCACACAAACAUACAGUGGUUCAGCAUCAUGAACUCUCUGGUGAUUGUACUGUUCCUGUCUGGAAUGGUGGCCAUGAUUAUGCUGAGGACAUUGCAUAAAGACAUCGCCAGAUACAAUCAAAUGGACUCUGUGGAGGAUGCUCAGGAGGAGUUUGGCUGGAAGUUGGUGCAUGGGGAUGUUUUCCGACCUCCCAGGAAGGGCAUGCUGUUGUCAGUUUUCCUCGGCUCUGGAACUCAGAUUUUCAUUAUGACUUUCAUCACAUUGUUCUUUGCCUGUCUUGGGUUCCUGUCUCCUGCCAACCGUGGAGCUCUGAUGACUUGUUCUGUUGUUCUCUGGGUUCUACUGGGAACUCCUGCUGGAUAUGUGGCUGCACGUCUCUACAAAUCUUUUGGAGGGGAAAAAUGGAAAACCAAUGUUCUGUUGACAGCUUUCCUCUGUCCGGGUGUGGUGUUUGCAGAUUUCUUCGUGAUGAAUUUGAUUUUGUGGGGUGAAGGGUCAUCAGCAGCAAUGCCAUUUGGAACCCUAGUGGCCAUACUGGCACUUUGGUUCUGCAUCUCCGUCCCACUUACCUUUAUAGGAGCGUACUUUGGCUUUAAGAAAUCGGCCAUUGAACACCCUGUACGGACAAAUCAGAUUCCUCGUCAAAUCCCAGAUCAGUCUUUUUACACAAAGCCCUUUCCUGGCAUUGUUAUGGGAGGAAUUCUACCUUUUGGAUGUAUUUUCAUUCAGCUCUUCUUCAUACUCAACUCCAUCUGGUCUCAUCAGAUGUACUACAUGUUUGGCUUCCUUUUCCUUGUGUUUAUUAUCCUGGUCAUCACAUGCUCUGAGGCCACCAUCCUUCUCUGCUACUUCCACCUGUGUGCUGAGGACUACCACUGGCAGUGGCGUUCCUUCCUGACAAGCGGCUUCACUGCUCUUUAUUUCCUCAUCUACGCCAUCCAUUACUUCUUCUCCAAACUGCAAAUCACCGGACUGGCCAGCACCAUCCUCUACUUUGGCUAUACCCUGAUCAUGGCUCUCAUCUUCUUCCUGUUCACUGGUACAAUCGGCUUUCUUGCCUGUUUCUGGUUCGUGACCAAAAUCUACAGCGUGGUGAAAGUGGACUAAGGGGUUCCCAAGACAUAACAACUGUGUUUAGCUGAGUGUGUUUCCCCACUCCUCAUGUUUUUGGACACUGGCUGAUGUCAAAAUUAACUGAACACUCCUUAUCGUUCGAUUUCUUCAGACACCCAUCUGCCUGGGACACGUGGCAGUUUGCUUUACUGUAUGAGACUAAAAAUGUAUUUGCUCUCACCAUGUCUUUCUUUCUUUUUCUCUUAUGUUGUAUCUAUAAUGUCCGUCUCCACCUGUCCUAAUCAUACCAGUACAAGGCUCGUCCCUCUGUCUCACUCAUGGACAGAUUUAGUGCAGAGGGACCGUACAAAGUCACAUGGUCUGACUUCUGUCCAUGCUCGUGGUCGGACAAACAAAGCUGUGAUGCUCUGCUAUUUUAUCCUUUUAUAUUCAGAUCUAGUAUUAAAAUGCCAAUAUGUAUAAAUGGGUGACAUCAAUAAUAAGACUGCAGACUGGAGAAAAUGGCGGACUUCUCUGCUCAACUCUCUUCUUCCCCGGUGUGUCAAGGAAGUGUAGUGGCCUUCAGAUAUCACAAAAGAAGUAAACCCUAAAUCUUCACAUCUGUUUUUUCUUCCGUGCCUGUUGGCAGUCACUGUCCAACUUUUGUUCGGCUGUUUUCUUUGGCUUUUGCUACUGUAGAAAAUAGCACUGUAAAGUAAAAGGCACACUAAAGCCUUAUCUUUUCCUAAUAUUUUAAAACAAUCAUACAAACAUAUUUUUAGUGGUUCUCUGUCUGUACAUUUUACCUGUGAUGGACUGAAUUGUCUAGUAACAGAAUGGAGUAAAAGACAAAACAAAGAGAGAAAAAAAAUCUUAGUUUUGCUUGGAUCACAAGCAUUCAUCAUUAAUUUUGGUUUAUUUAUUAUUUUUGUCUUAUUUUCAAUUACAUUGAUUAAUUUUCAAUGAGGUGAUAUUUUUGACUGAGUCCAAAAGUUUAGUUUGGAUUUCAUCUAUAGUCACAGCAAUUAACAACUGCAAAUAACCACAUAAUAAAUCUUUUCAUAAUUCCACUGCUCCAUUUGCUAUUUCAUGUUUUAAGGUGUUGGCAGUCUUUGCUUUUGCUUUGCUUUUUUUUCAUGUCAUGUAUUUUAGCAGAUCAUCAUAGACUUAAUGAUCAUGUUACUGUGGCCCUUUUAAGACAGAGCCUGAAAACUGAUGGUUUGUUUUAAACCUGUUAUUUUUCUUGUGUGUUUUGGAGUUUUGGACCAAGGUUACGGAGCUAGAACAGUCUCAAAAAGAAUAAAUACACAAACAAACA